GUCGUGUCUCUCGAUUAUCGCUUCAUUCCUCGCGCUCAUCGCCCACUUCACCCACCGUGGCUGCCACUCGCCCUCCCGCCACGCCGCCGGCAAUGACCGACGCCUCCCAAACACAAAUCCUCACCCCGUCUCCAUGACGACUCCCGCUAACCCCGCCCCACUCCUCUCCUCCCGCCCCAACCACGCCCACCCGCUCCACCGCCGCCCCCGGCUCCCCCACCCUCCGGCCGCCGCCAACACCACCGGCGCCGCCUCGUCACCGGACUGGUUCCGCCCCCGCCGCCCUCCGGACACGGACCCGUCCACCUCAUCCGGCGGCCGCGUCGCCGCGCGGGACCCUGGCGUUCGCGUCAAGGCCAAGGAGGGCACCGAGGAGGAGAAGGGUAAGAGGAGGAGGUGGUGGGAGCGGUGGUCCGGGGACAAGGAGAGCUACCUGGUCGACGACGUGGAGCCUCUCCCGAUCCCCAUGACCGUGCCAGGGACCGAGCCCAUAUCGCGGGAGGAGCUCGACCGCCGGCUCAGCUGCGACGUCGAGAUCGAGGAUUGCAAGACGGUUUCGUACGAGUGGACCGGCAAGUGCCGGAGCUGCCAGGGGACGGGGCUGGUCAGCUACUUCAGGAAGAAGGGCAAGGAGACCAUCUGCAAGUGUGUACCAUGCGCCGGCAUUGGUUAUGUAAGGAAAAUUACAGUCCGUGAAGACAUUCAAAAGAUGGAUGAGCUAGACAAUGGUAAACCACCAUAAUUUGAAGGGUUCCAAAUUAUUUGACUGCUGUAAUUUUAAAACUGUUGCUGAAUAGCUUGUGCUCGCAACCUUCAACAAGUUACAUAUGAUUCUUUCCCACUGCACAUUCUACUGUUCAGGCUCGAUACAUGGAUGGGUUGUUAUUCUUUAAACAUUGCAAACAUAUCAAUGGUGCCCAAUAGUUGUACCUCUGUUA